CUCUCUUUCUCUUUCUCUUUUUCUUUUCUUUUGUACAUAUAAAGAUAAUAAACCUUGUAUAUACAAAUAUAUAUAUAUAUAUACACAUACAUAGUCAACUAUAUACAUAUAUAUGCUGUAUACCAUAUAUAUACAAUAAAAAAAGGAUUAAAUAAAUAUAUAUACAUAUACAUAUACACUCAAUAUGGGCUCAGAAGACAAUGUUAUACGGUUUGCUAUUGGUGUAUUUGUCUCUUUAGGCGCAUCAUUUAUGGAUGCACUUGGAUUAAAUAUAUUAAAACUGGAUCAUGUUAAAGAAGCAAGUAGAGAAAAGCAACGUGGAGACUGUAGUAGACCACUAUGGCAUAUUGGUCUAUACACCUAUAUUGCGAGUCAAUUGAUAGGCAGUACUAUUGCACUUAACUAUCUAAAAACUCAGUGGGUUGCACCUCUUGGUAGUGUUGCACUCAUAUUCAACUUUAUAUUUGCCAAAAUACUUGUUGGUACCAACAUCACACGGAAGGAUGUUCUUGGUACGUUUGUAGUUGUAGCAUCUGUUAUAUGGAUCGUUGUCUUUGGAGGCAUGUACAAUGGAGAAGACCAAUCCAUUUCGUUAGAUAGCCUUAAAAUUUUAUUUGUUCGACCCAUAUUUAUCAUUUACUUCAGUGUAUUAAAUAUCACCACCUUUGGCGGUCUAUUUUUUUCGAUUUGGUCAAAUUGGGAAAUUGCAGAUACGUCAAGAAGACUGCAUUUGUUUGCAAACAUGAAUCAGAGAAAAAUGAAGCACAUCGUCGGCUUGAUGUUUAGCGUCGAAGGUGGAUUAUUAGCAAGCGAAACUCUAUUAUUAGCAAAAAGCGGAGUCAAGCUGUUCACUCUCUCACUUCAAUCUCAAGUCAAUCAAUUUAAUGAUAAUACAAGUCGCUUUAUUAUAUUGGCACUUAUUAUCACAGCUGUCAUGCAGGUCUAUUGCCUGAACACAGCUCUCAAACUUUACUCUUCGGUCGUGGUCGUUCCUGUGUUUUAUGGUACCUAUACUGCCUUGGGGUUGGUGAAUACUAUCAUCUAUCUGGAUGAGGUCGGUAACUAUCCUCCUUGGGCCAUUAUCCUUGUCUUUGUAGGUAUCGCUGUAUUGAUCUAUGGCGUGGCCUUGCUAAGUUCAAAGUCGGAUCCAGCACAUAUGCCAGAAGAAGAAGAGGAGAUGCAAGAUAUACCAAGUGCAGAUACAACUAAAGAACAUUGGAUAUCUGCAAAAGAGGAAAAACUACAAGAUAACAAGAGCCUGACGACGAGCACGAGUAGUAGCAGUAGUCAUGACAAUAAUACAACAACAACUCCUGCUGCAGCUGCAACUUAUCCAAUCGAAAGAGAACAGCAACCAAAGUCUGUGUUACGGUUUCUCAAGAAAAUCAGUUUACACAGUCAAACGACAGGAGACAAUAAUACCAUUCCACUUGUUAUAAAAUAAAAUAUCAUUUAUUUAAUAAACUUGACAACCGUUAUAGAAGUUCGAAUUGCCAAGUGCGGCAUAAAUUCUCUUUUAGGCACGUAUAGAUUAAACUCAAGAUCUGCAAAUACGGCGAAUUCAUGCUCGUGAAUUUCUUUUGAGUCAACAUUCAG